GUUACUGUGGAUGGGUUUUUAUUGCUGGUUGCUGUUUCUUCAAACUUUUUGUAUGCAUUUAAUCUUGAUUUAUGGUGCCUCUGUUUUGCUUACUAACUGGUGUUUCAGGUCCAUACCCGGGUUAAUAGAAUCCCACUUUAAUGAAUCUGUUGUGAUACAAGCCAGCUGAGUCGGUUAAACAUGCAUCUCCUAGUUCGGCUCGCCCAGUUUGUCCACGUGCGCAUAUCCUGCGCGAGGAUAGGUCACCUGUUGUCCCCACCUGAUGUUUGGCGUGUAAUUUGAGCAGCUUGUCUCGUUAUUACUGCCCCUACAGACUAUCAAGUGAGCGAAAGGGGUGGGCAGGGAAUUGCAUGACAUGCCACUAAGUUACAGAGAGUCUCCAGUGGAGACUUCAGUCAUUGAUGAGGAUCCGAACAUUCAAGUUUCCAUUUGACUGCUGCACAGUGUCUGCUUCCCAUCUCUGUUUCUUCCAAUUGAAAAGCAACAAGACGAAGUAGAGACUGCAAUGCUGUAGCAGCAAUGUCACAGCUUUACUACAGGAAAACUGACAACUCCUCAUACAGGGACCGCAUCCCGUUGCGGAUUGUACGGGCAGAGUCCGAGCUCUCUGCCCUGGAGAGAGCCUACCUGGGGGCUGUUGAAAAAGGGGACUAUGCCAGUGUAAAACAAGCCCUGGAAGAGGCUGAGAUCUACUUUAGGAUUAACAUCAACUGCAUUGAUUCCUUGGGACGCACAGCCCUGCUCAUUGCCAUUGACAAUGAGAACCUGGAGAUCAUUGAGCUGCUGCUCAGUUUUAAUGUGUAUGUAGGCGAUGCCCUGCUACAUUCUAUACGCAAAGAAGUGGUGGGGGCCGUGGAGCUGCUGCUCAAUCACAAGAAGCCACGAGGGGAAAACCAGGUCCCACCCAUCCUGCUCGACAAACAGUUUUCAGACUUCACCCCAGACAUCACACCUAUCAUCCUUGCAGCCCACACCAACAACUAUGAAAUCAUCAAACUGCUUGUGCAGCGAGGUGUUUCCAUACCUCAGCCGCAUGCCGUGCGUUGCAACUGUGUGGAGUGUGAGUCCAGUCCAGACGUAGACGGCCUACGCCACUCACGCUCCAGACUCAACAUCUACAAGGCUCUUGCCAGCCCAUCGCUUAUCGCUGUCUCCAGUGAGGAUCCCUUUCUCACCGCUUUUCAACUCAGCUGGGAGCUGAAGGAGCUCAGCACAGUUGAAAAUGAGUUCAAGUCAGAGUAUGAAGAGCUGUCCCAUAUGUGUAAACAAUUUGCCAAGGACCUCUUGGACCAGACCCGAAGCUCCAAAGAGUUGGAAAUAAUCCUCAACUACCGUGAUGACAUCAACCCUCUACUGGAUGUGAAUAACAAUGAUCUGGCUCGACUGAAGCUGGCUAUCAAAUAUUGCCAGAAAGAGUUUGUUGCUCAGCCAAACUGUCAGCAGCUCUUGGCGUCUCGGUGGUAUGAUGAGUUCCCAGGCUGGAGGAGGCGUCACUGGGCAGGAAAGCUCAUCACAUGUAUCUUCAUAGGCCUCCUCUUCCCACUAUUAUGCAUCUUUUAUCUAAUCACUCCAAAGAGCCGCUAUGGCUUAUUCAUUCGCAAGCCCUUCAUCAAGUUCAUCUGUCACACUGCAUCCUACCUGACCUUCCUCUUCCUGCUCCUCUUAGCCUCUCAGCAUAUUACCUUUGCAAACCCCAACAUUCCGGGUCCAGCACCCACCACUGUGGAGUGGAUGAUCCUGCCCUGGGUUCUCGGUUUUAUAUGGACUGAGAUCAAACAGAUGUGGGACAGUGGUUUAGAGGACUACAUGGAUGACUGGUGGAAUUUAAUGGACUUCAUCAUGAACUCCUUGUAUCUUGCAACAAUUUCCCUGAAGAUUGUUGCUUAUUUAAAGUACAGUCAGGCCAAAAAUAGAAACGACUGGGAUAUGUGGCACCCAACAUUAGUGGCAGAGGCAUUGUUUGCCAUCGCUAACAUCUUCAGCUCCUUGCGCCUCAUCUGCCUUUUUACCGCCAACUCUCAUCUCGGCCCCUUACAGAUCUCACUUGGCCGCAUGCUCCUCGACAUCCUCAAGUUCCUCUUCAUCUACUGUCUGGUGCUGUUAGCCUUUGCCAAUGGCCUCAACCAGCUCUACUUUUACUAUGAAACAGAUGGGGUGGCAGAGAAUGGUACAUGCAAGGGUAUCCGCUGCAGGCAGCAGAACAAUGCCUUCUCCACGCUGUUCGAGACGCUGCAGUCAUUAUUUUGGUCUGUAUUUGGCCUGAUUUCUCUCUAUGUAACCAAUGUUGAACCAGACCAUCAAUUCACUGAGUUUGUGGGCAGUACCAUGUUUGGAACAUACAAUGUCAUCUCCCUGGUAGUCCUUCUGAACAUGCUUAUUGCAAUGAUGAAUAACUCCUACCAGCAUAUUGCUGAUCAUGCAGAUAUAGAGUGGAAAUUUGCGAGAACGAAAUUAUGGAUGAGCUAUUUUGAAGAAGGGGGAACUUUACCAUCUCCUUUUAAUAUCCUACCCAGUCCAAAAUCAGUCUGUUAUCUCAUUGGAUGGCUAAAAAGGCAUCUAUUUAAGAGAUCAAGCACAAAAAGGCUUGAAACCUUUGAAACAUUGGGGAAACGUGCUACAGUAAAUGUGAGAUUGAACCAUGGAUAUCAGGAGGUUUUGAGGAACCUUGUGAAGCGGUAUGUGGCUGCAAAGAUUCGAGAUGCAAAGACUGAGGAAGGGUUGACAGAAGAGAAUUUUAAGGAGCUUAAGCAGGAUAUAUCCAGCUUCCGUUAUGAAGUCCUGGGAAUGAUGAAGGGUAAACCACAAGGUGGGGUUGGAGGACAAGUUGCAAGCUCCGCUUUGGCUUACCCUGGAAACUGCUUUAAGUAUUCUCCCAAAUUCCCUACUGAUGAGCCUCAAAAGAAGCUGAGCUUCUUUGAUGUAACCUCCACUGUCCAGCAGAGCAAAGUUCCCAACAGCACCAGCCCUCUUGGCUCUAAUAGAAAAACCAAUGGUUCAGUUUUUCCAUCCAGUAAAAAACAAACUCACAAAGAGGUAUCAAAGGAUGUUUCAGCUGACGGGUCAGAGCAAAGCAGACUCCUCCCCCAGAACUGUGAUGAAAUAAAUCUGAUUCAAGAAGAAGAUCCACUGAUGUCUGGUGGGCAGUACCAAGAACGACUUCAGGCUGAAGAAAUUAUUAUUGAAGUCCCAGUGAAAGCCAAAAAGGAAAAACAAGACAUUCAAGAGAGUGGACCGUCUUACAAAGGUCACACAAAGAAAGUGAAAAAUGGGCCCAAAAAGUUCAAGAAUUAAUUUUGCAGGAGAGCGAUGUUAAACAUGUUAUCAAUUUAAUGCAUUGAAUGAUCUCAUGUUCAUUCUAUCAUGUCCUAGUUGAAGAAGGAAAAAAAACAAUUCAUUUAUCAUAAACAAUACCAUAGUUAAUUUACAUAUCUGUUUAUAUAAUCUUUUAAUUAUAUAUAAUCUCAUAGUACAUACAUGCAUUGUUCCUGUUUUAGCAAAGAUGUUCAACAACACUGAGGAUCGCGUGUUCUGACUUUAUGCUCAGGGGAUUAUAAAGCAAGUAAGUAAUUCAGCUCUCACAUUGAAGCAUUUAUUUCAAAGAGUUCUGAAACUGCUCAAUUUCCUCUUCUCUACCACCCAAUAUGCUAACAGGGUAAAAUCUGUUCAGACAAAAUGCAUUUAUUAAGGAAGAAAUAAUCAAGAAAGACAAAAGACAACUUUAAAUGUGUUGGAGACUCAGGCAAGUUUUCUGUUGAAUUUAAGAUAUUAUCCACUGGAUGAAUACAUACAUUGAGACACCUAGCCAAGGCUUUAGUCAGCUUCUCUCUUCCACUUUAUCUAUUUUUAUUGGAGGGAAGAUUUUACUCCAAAGGCUGUUGUAGCACACAAUUAUAAAAUGCUUAGUCAAGUUGUGAUUUAUUGCAGGAAUUAUUACUUAACCAUGCUUACAAUAUACAUGUCAAGUUUGAAGACUGUCUUGUCACCUGUUUCUUCAGUUUUGUAACUUUUAGUAAAAUUCUCUCAAAAUAAAAUAGAAUGCUAAUUUAAA